AAAUAACCCCAUAAGAAGAAUUGAAAAAUAUUAUUUGACAGAACUGGAAGUUUCAAUUUGACGAGCAGGAAUGACGAAGAGAAUUAGAGCAUACAUCACAGAGUUUCUUUCAAGCACUGGUAUAUAUGUAUCUAUCAUCUUCCAACCCAUUAUACUAUAACCUCAUAAUAUAUAUAUAUAUAUAAUGAGCUAUUGUGAACGUGUGAUGUCUAGUUUGUUACUUUGUUGCCUUUUGUUUCUUCUAGCGUCUAGUGCAAGCAAAGUGAAUGACGUGGAUGUACGCGAAGAAUAUGCUAAUGCCUUUCGUACCGAAUCAUACAAUGAGUUUUGGACACGUGUGCUUGCAUUAUCGUGUAAAGAUUCUGCCUCGUGUAUUCCUCUUGGAUUCACCGCCGCUCGGCUUCCGUCCUACCGGCUCUUCGCCGAACAUCUGUUGGAUCCGGACCAACCCAAGGUUACCAAAAUACUUGCCUUGACCCGAAACCAACACCCGAGCUGUGCCCUCCUCUCCGAUUAUUUUAUUCAAACGGCCAAUGCCUUUCGAUUAUGUGGCAAUUUGUUGAGAGACAUUGACCACACACGUGUAAAAUUCCGAUCUUUGAAAAAGACCCUCAAGUCCCUAGAAACCGUUGAUGUUGAAAAUCAUGCCCCAGCAAUCCUGACCCGAUUAGCUGAAUUCACCAACUCCGUUAACCUCUUUGCCCCGUUCGCUCCCUCUCCAAGUCGGGUUCGGCUCAUCCAAGCCUCAUGUUCGCUAUUACUCAACAAACUCGAGACAAGCCGUGACAAAAUUCGAGCAAAGCUUCGGCUGGCCAACAAACUAAAGCACGGCUCAGCUUUAUUUCUCGUGACUCUAACGGCUUCACUAACAGUAAUUGUUGCCACUCACGCAAUCGCUUUACUAGUUGCGACGCCAAGCCUUAUAGCGGCUUCACUCGAGUUUGCAUCGACUAGGAGGCUAGCCAGGGUUUCGGCUCAGCUGGAUACGGCUACAAAGGGUACAUUUAUAAUGAACAAAGACUUGGACACAAUUAGCCGGCAUGUGACUCGGGUUAAUGACGAUAUUGAGCACAUGCGUGCGAUGGGUAAGUUUUGGGUCGAGAGAGGAGAGGAUCGGCUCCACACCAGCUAUGAAGUGGCUCGCCAGGUGAAGAUGAAUGAUGCCAGCUUUAGCGAUCAGCUUGAUGAGCUAGAAGAGCAUCUGUACUUAUGCUUCAUGACCAUUAAUAGGGCAAGAAAUAUAGUUGUGAAAGAGAUUCUGGAUCCGGGUCAACCCACUCGGAGUUCCUACAUAUUAUAAUUGAAAGCAAAACAAUUAUAUAUAUUCUCUUUUAUUAUUAUUUUAUGGUAUAUUUUAUUAAUGUCUCAUUGGUUUGGUAAACACCG